AUGAUCUGUUAUCGCUGUAACACCCACUUCUGCUACCUGUGCUCAGCCUGGCUUGAUCCCGAGAACCCCUAUCAGCAUUUCAACGAACUUCCCGGCGGUAAGCGGACAAGCUGCUACAUGCGACUAUGGGAAUUGGAAGACGGAGACGGCGCCGACGUCGGCUAUGAUUUCGCUGGAGGCUUUAUUGGUCGUGCUGCAGAUCGUGGUGCCCCUGUCGAGGAGCAUGUUGAACAGAUUCAGAUCGCUAAUGUAAUCCCUGAGAUCGAGGAGCCCGAUGGCGACGAGGAGGAUAGGGAUAUCGAGCCGCGAGUCGAGGAUGAACAUGACGGUCGGGUAGACGUCGCUCGUGAAGGGCCGCUGGUCCUACGGAUCGCAGCCAAUCCUCCGCCCAUUCGUGUUAUUCCACCAGCAGUCCCAAACCCUCCAGCAGUGGCUGCGCGCAAUCCUCAGAAUAACCCUGGAGUCCGUCAACAUCAGCAGCAGGCUCAACGAGGCCGCCGAGGCCGUGGAAGAGGAUUUGCUGGUCCCGUCGGUCCAGGGGGAAUGGCCCCUCGGCAAAAUCAAAACCGACAGGCAAAUCACGGGCGCAACAACGUAGCAGUGAGAGGCUUGCCAGCAGCCAAUGCCCCCAGGAAUAGGAACGCCAACAAUGUGCAGAACAAUAGGCAAGAUGGAGUCGAGCUGGACGCAGCGCAGGAAGCAUGGGUCAGGCAUUUCGUGCAGCUAGCCCUAGUCGACGGCGAGGAUCUCAUCGAAUCAGACAGCGAUGAAGAGAUGGAAGAGAUCGUCUUCCGCAUACGAGACUGA